UCUCAUUCCCUCCCCUACUCCCUCACCUCCAUGGCCAAAGCUACUGCGAGGUCUCCAUCACAGCCGCAACCCAGCCACCACCCCAAUCGUCAUUCAUGUCCCUUCGCCAAAACCCUCCAAACCCUAAACAGAAAAGCGACCCCUAAAUUAUCCCAAUUUAAAUUAUUGCAACUCUCAAUAUUAUAAUCCUGGUUUAUUAUAUAAACCCACUUCACAUUACCCCAAUUUUGCAGACUCCAAAGUUUCAAGGGUUUGUUGGUGUUCUUGUUUAACUGGGUGGGGAGGGCAUUGGAGAAGCAAGGAGCCCCUUAGGCGUCCAUCUCAAAGAAGACUCUUUUAAUUCCCACAGAGGAGAGGAAGAAGAGGCAUAAAGACACCCACCAACAAAACACCAUUUGCCUCUUCUCACAACAAUGCUCUCUUCAAGGAUGCCUCCUACCACCUGCAUUCUCUUAAUUUGCCUCUUGAGCUCUCUCUCUUCCCUCACCUUAGCUUCUCUAAACCUCAACCUCACCCUCCCCCAUCAACACCCCAAUCCUGAAGCUGUGGCUCAAGAAGUUCAAAGGAGAGUCAAUGCCUCCCUAUCCCGCCGCGAAAUACUGUCGGAAUCCGACCAGCAAUGCGCCGUUGGGAACCCAAUCGACGACUGCUGGCGCUGCUCCUCCAACUGGGCCAACAACCGCCAGCAGCUCGCCGACUGCGGCAUCGGAUUCGGCCAAGACGCAAUGGGCGGCAAAGGCGGGCAGAUCUACACGGUCACCGACUCCUCCGACCGCGACCCGGCCAACCCAACUCCGGGAACUCUCCGCCACGCUGUCAUCCAAACCGAGCCCCUCUGGAUCAUCUUCUCCGCCGACAUGACCAUCAAGCUGAAAGCCGAGCUCAUCGUCAACAGCUUCAAGACCAUCGACGGCCGCGGCGCCUCCGUCCACGUCACCGGCGGAGGGUGCAUCACUCUCCAGUACGUCUCGAACGUCAUCAUCCACAACAUCCACGUCCACCACUGCAAGCCUGCCGGCAACACCAACGUGGCUUCGUCCCCGACGCACGUCGGGUGGCGGGGGAAGUCCGACGGCGACGGAAUCUCCCUGUUCGGCGCGCGUAAAAUAUGGAUCGACCACUGCUCGCUGUCCUACUGCGCCGACGGCCUCAUCGACGCGAUAAUGGGGUCGACGGGGAUAACGAUAUCGAACAACUACUUUGCGCAUCAUGAUGAGGUGAUGUUGUUGGGGCACGACGACAAGUACUUGCCGGAUUCAGGGAUGCAGGUGACGAUUGCGUUCAACCAUUUCGGGGAGGCGCUGGUGCAGCGAAUGCCGAGGUGUAGGAGAGGGUAUAUACAUGUGGUCAACAAUGACUUCACGCAGUGGGAGAUGUAUGCUAUCGGAGGGAGCGCCAAUCCGACGAUUAAUAGUCAGGGCAACCGGUACACUGCUCCGAUGGACCAGAACGCCAAAGAGGUGACAAAGCGCGUGGACACGAACGAAGGGAAUUGGGACAGUUGGAACUGGAGGACGGAGGGGGACAUAAUGGUAAAUGGAGCCUUCUUCGUGCCAUCAGGUGCGGGCAUGAGCACCCAGUACGCCAAGGCCUCAAGCAUUGAACCCAAGUCGGUGGGACUCAUUGACCGCCUCAUUCUCACCGCCGGUGUCUUCGGCGACCCGAGGGACAGUAGUAGGAGCGAAUCAUACCCUGGAAACAGCGGCGGCGGGACCAUAACCGAUGGCACCACCAACACUGGAAGCAGAGGCGAUGGUGGUGACGACUAUUUUGGAAUGAUUUUCGGCAGUGGUGCUCAACCAUCAUCAUCAUCUUCAAGCACAAUCUUGUUGUCUCUUCUAAUUAUCUUAAUUUUGUUUGUUACAACCAACCAUGGUGGUGUAUUAUCAUUACCAUUAUUCUUAUUAUUAUUAUAACACUCGAUUCAAAGGAAAUAUCAUUAUUAGAACAAAGGGAAAAGAAUUUUCUCCGUCACU